AUGGCCAAGGGCAAGGGCGACAGCGUAGCACCAGGUGACUCCAAGAAGGGUGCCAACCUUUUCAAGUGCCACACCCUAGGAGAGGGUGAGGGUAACAAGAUUGGACCCAACCUCCACGGUCUUUUUGGCCGCCACAGUGGUCAGGUUGAGGGCUUCUCAUACACCGACGCAAACAAGCAGAAGGGUGUCUUAUGGCAGGACGACACUCUGUUCGAGUACCUGGAGAACCCAAAGAAGUACAUCCCUGGCACCAAGAUGGCAUUUGGCGGUCUGAAGAAGGCCAAGGACAGGAACGACCUGAUCACUUACCUCAAGGAGGAGACCAAGUGA